AUGUCUGGGAUGAUGCUUAUGUUGCUGCUAUGCCUCUCAGUUGGGACAAUUUCGGUUGUCCAUUGUGGGAACCCUUACCUUUUUUUCACAUGGAAUGUCACCUAUGGAACCCUCUCUCCUCUGGGAGUUCCCCAGCAAGUCAUUCUCAUAAAUGGCCAAUUUCCUGGACCCAACAUCAACUCCACCACCAACAACAACAUCGUGCUCAACGUCUUCAACAACCUUGACGAGCCAUUCCUUGUGACAUGGCACGGUCUCCAACAGAGGAAAAAUUCAUGGCAAGAUGGAACCCUUGGAACCAUGUGCCCCAUUCCCCCUGGUACGAACUACACCUACCAAUUCCAAGUGAAAGACCAGAUCGGGAGCUACAUGUACUAUCCCGCAACUGCCAUGCAUAAGGCAGCCGGUGCCUUCGGUGGCCUCCGAGUGAACAGUCGCCUGCUCAUUCCAGUGCCUUAUGCCGAUCCAGAGGAUGAGUACACUGUCCUCAUCGGUGAUUGGUACACCAAAAGCCACACCCAACUAAAGAAAUUAUUGGACAGCGGUCGUUCCAUGGCCAGGCCAGACGGGGUCCUCAUCAACGGCAAAUCUUCAAAGGGAGAUGGGAAAGACGAGCCCCUCUUCGUCAUGAAGCCCGGCAAGACCUACAAGUACAGGAUCUGCAAUGUGGGGAUCAAGAACACCCUCAACUUCAGGAUCCAAGGACACUCCAUGAAGCUUGUUGAAUUGGAGGGCUCCCACACCGUCCAAAACACCUACGACUCCAUGGAUGUGCAUCUCGGGCAAUGUUUCUCCGUGCUCGUGACUGCCGACAAGGACCCCAAGGACUACUACAUGGUGGCUUCCACCCGAUUCACUAAGAGUGUGCUCACCGGCAAAGGCAUCAUCCGCUACGAAAAUGGAAAGGGCCCUGCUUCGCCUGAACUCCCCAAGGCCCCCGUAGGAUGGGCAUGGUCUCUUAACCAGUUCCGCUCCUUCCGCUGGAACCUCACUGCCAGUGCUGCCAGGCCUAACCCUCAGGGCUCCUACCACUAUGGUAAGAUUAACAUCUCCCGCACCAUCAAGCUCGUCAACUCCGCUAGCAAGGUGGACGGCAAGCUUCGCUAUGCCAUCAACGGAAUCUCCCACGUGGACACUGAAACUCCCCUCAAGCUGGCUGACUACUUUAAAGUUUACGACAAAGUCUUCAAGUUCGAUACCAUGAAGGAUACUCCCCCAGCCACAGCGGCAGACAAGAUCACCAUGGAACCCAACGUUGUUAACAUAACCAUAAGAGAUUUCGUUGAGAUCAUCUUUGAGAACCCGGAGAAGAGCCUUCAGACAUGGCAUUUGGAUGGAUACUCCUUUUUUUCCGUCGCCUCGGAGCCCGGCACGUGGACCCCAGAAAAGAGAAGCAACUACAAUCUCCUUGACGCUGUGAGCAGGUACACUGUCCAAGUGUUCCCCAAAUCCUGGGCUGCCAUCAUGUUGACAUUCGACAACGCCGGAAUGUGGAACGUAAGGUCUGAACAACCGGAGAGGCGCUACCUAGGACAACAAUUUUACGUGGGCGUUGAAAAUAUUGCACGCUCCCUCAGAAACGAGUACAACAUGCCAGACAAUGCCCUUGUCUGUGGCAUUGUUAAGGACAUGCCCAAGCCCGCACCAUUCAGCAUGUAA